UCAUGUACGCGGAAGAGAAAGAUGGAAGAAUUCGAUAGCUUCAAAAUGUAACAAUAUGGAUAUUGAUAAAGAAAAAAUUAACAUUUAAACAAAGUAUACAGAUAAAACUGAAUAGCAGAAUUCUCAGUCAUAAAUGAUUUUUUAUUAAUUUGUGGAUUAUUUUUAACGUGUUUCUUGAAUACAAUAAUGGACGAAAAAUCUUCAGAUAAUGCUAUUUCUACACAAAAAUCAUUACCAUCUUCUUAUGAUCCUGGUUGGAAUGAUACACCAAAAUGGGCAUCUCCACAUGCAGGAAAUACAAAUACACCUACAAAAAGAAUAUUAAAUAAAAGAGUUCCAUUUCCUUUAAUUUCUGGGGAAUUAACAAGGAACAAUACUGAAUGUCAAUCUAAUGCUGCAGGCAUGCCAUUAUCACCUCCUCCUCCUCCUCUGCCUUCUCCUUUAAGUUUGAAAACAGCACCUCAUGCACCUUUAAUAAUUCCUUCUGAUGCAAACGCUGAAUUUACUUGUACAGUAACAAAAUUUGAUAACCAACAAGCUUUAGUUGAUACUAUGGCAAAUUUAGAAUUUAUAAUUAAAAAAUAUGUGAUGGAAAAUAAAAUAGAUGAAGUGCAAAGAAGACUAGAUUUAAUGAAAUCUUGUUGGCUUGAUAAUAAAUUAAAUGAUUCUAUACAGCAGAAAAUACUUGACAUUUCAAAGGCUUUAAAAGACGAAGAUGUUGAAAAAGCAGACAAACUUCAUAUUGCAUUGAUGAUAGAUCACACCAGUCUGUGUAGUGCUUGGAUACCUAGUAUUAGGCACAUAAUUUCUGCUUUAAAGGAAAAAAAAUUACGCUCCGAUGAUAUAUAGAUAUAUAGAAUAUAAUUUACCAGAAA